AUGUCAACGUUCAGCUGGCGAUGUGGGCCAUGUAUAUCGAAGGCUUACUCAUCGCCGCUGACGUCGACAUGCAGUUGGAGAAUCUGUAGCGCGAAAGUGACCUCACUUGUCCCGUUCCGGCCAGUCAGCACGACCAGUCGCAGACCACAAGAGCAUCACCGGAGAUCAAUAUGGAAGUACGUUGGCGCUGCCGUGCUAGCUAGUGCGACCGUAGCCGGUUCCGUGUUUGAGUGGAAGGACGCGCACGCCGAGGCCAGUCCCAACAUUGCUCACCUUCAGAAACGGUAUAUUCGCCUAGGCGAAGUCGAGCGACACGGAAGAAACUCGGACAGGAAAUGGGUUACGAAAGGGAGCCGAGUGUUCGAUAUCACAGAGUGGAUCGAGGCUCAUCCUGGGGGACCCGUCAUUCUACAAGCCGUUGGCGGAUCCAUUGACAGAUACUGGGACAUAUUCUCCAUCCAUAAAAAGCAGGAUGUCUACGAUAUCCUCGAACAGUACUGCAUUGGCGAGGUUGACCCCAGAGACCUGGUAGAUGGCAAAGUCCCGGAGGACAAGAUCGAAGAUCCAUUUCAGUCGGAUCCAGCAAGAGAUCCGCGUCUGUUGCGACACACAGACAAGCCAUGUAAUGCGGAAACUCCGUCCCAAGAGAUCGCCGAGUCAUUCAUCACCCCCAAUAGAUUAUUUUUCGUCCGCAACCACUUCUGGGUCCCGAAAAUUGAUGAGGGAAAGCACGUGUUACACGUUGAGUUACCCGAUGGUACAGAAAAGGCGUACAGUGUUGCAGAGCUCAAGUCGAAUUUCAAGCCCUUCAGCAUUACAGCAACACUGCAGUGCACGGGCAAUCGUCGAAAACACAUGUCGGAGAAUGCUAAACCUGCCAGUGGCCUACCAUGGGAUGUUGGGGCCAUAUCAAAUUCAUUAUGGACAGGUGUGCGCCUAAGGGACGUCCUCGCAGACGCAGGCUACUCUCUCGACCGGGAUAUCGGCGACGACGAUGUCCGACAUGUCCACCUCGUCGGUGCUGAAGCGUACUCUGGCUCUAUACCCAUAUCAAAAGCAGUGGAUCCUCACGGCGAUGUUAUGCUUGCCUAUGAGAUGGGAGGCCAACCGCUGCCACGCGAUCAUGGAUAUCCACUCAGAGCACUCAUUCCCGGCCAUACGGCAGCAAGAAGUGUGAAAUGGCUUGAGAGAGUUGUUCUUUCUGAAGAGGAAAGUCAAUCUCAGUGGCAGCAGAGAGACUAUAAAUGUUUCGGCCCAAAUCAGGCCUCAAUGGACGUUGAUUGGUCAUCGGCUCCGGCCAUCCAAGAAACUCCCGUUCAAGGUGCAAUCACUGCAGUGAGUGUCUUGUCAAGAGAUAGUCGAAAGGGUCGAGCGGAUUUAACUAAGUAUGGCAUCGAAGAGGAUGCGAUCAGAGUCGAAGGAUAUGCAUUCAGCGGAGGAGGUCGAGAAAUCGUCCGGGUCGACAUAAGUGCUGACGAUGGAAAGACCUGGAGCCAGGCGGAGCUCCGUUCAGACGAAACCCAGGGCCAUAAAAGUUGGUCCUGGAAAAGGUGGGAAUGGGUUAUUCCAAAGGCUACCGCUGGGCGCGUGUUUGUUGUCAAAGCAGUCGAUGACAGCUACAACUCCCAACCAGAAUCAUAUGACGCGCAAUGGAACUUUCGAGGCAACCUGACCAAUGCCUGGCACAGGGUUGCUCUCUCUGAAGACGACCAGAACGCGGAUGCAAGCCCAAAGCAAUCGUGGUUUUGGCGUAUGCUGCGAAAGCUUUCCUAG